AUGGGAUUCCGAGAAGUGGCGCAAUCGGAAGGAGAAACCUUGCAGGAGUUCGGCAGAAGACUACGAAGAGAUGCCGAAUUCUGUGAUUGGAAACAAGAUGGUUCGCUGUUCGAUAACCUAAUCGAACAGUUUCUCCGAGACUUACGAGACAGCCACAUCCGAGAAUACGUUCUCAAGAAAGCUGCUAAUUUCAAGACUUCGGACGAUGCUGUCAAAGAAGGAGAAACUGUGUCUGAACGGAAAUUCAGAUUGGAAGUUUUCAAGACGUUCGAGAGGUCCGCGAAGAACGACACCAGGUCCUGGAAAAAUGCAUCACCUGAAACAAGCGGGAUUCUGAAGAACACUUCAUACAAGAAGAACGGGUUCUUCAACGAAGGGCAUUGCUACAGAUGUGGUCUUGCGAAUCAUAAGGCAGAUACGUGCAGAUUCAAGGACACAGAAUGCCGAAAGUGCAAAAUCCAGGGUCAUCUCGAGCGAGUAUGUCAAAACGCAGAAAACAUCACCACUAAACCGUGCUACAGCGGGAGAAUCCGUACCGUGACCAAGAGAGCCUACGCAAUCACAACGCAGAGACCGGACGUUCCACCGAUUAAAAUGGAGGUAGAGAUCGGGGGCGGCACCGCAACCAUGGAACUAGACUCAGGCUGUGGAAUUCCUUGA